GGCCGGUGGGCCGUCGAUAAAUCGAAUCGACAGCCCGCGCUGCUUCGAGAUUUGGGCGGCCGGCGCGGCGCGCAGUGCCUAAGUACUGGUGGUUUAACCGGAGAAGGAGAGUGAAAAUGUCGUACAGCUCGUACGGCUACCAUUCGAGAUCAAAACUGUCAUCUUCGAGGGGGGGAGAUCCGGUCAAACGUCUGAAGCAGAGUCGGGAGCUACAGAAUGCGGUCGAGGAUGAAAGACGGAGAACUGUGUUAGACGAGGCAAAGAAGAGGGCCGCAGCACAGCAUGUCGAUUACGAGACAUUUCAGGCGAUUGUUUCCGCCGCCCAUCUAAAACCAGUGGGGAGAGAUGAAUUCAACACUGCAUAUCGAUCGAGGAGAGCUGCCCCCCCAGCGUGGUCCUUUGGCCUGUGGGAUAUCRUCGACGGCACCCCAGCUGGUAAAUCCAAGGGGGGGGGUCAAGAUGGAUCGACUUGUGAAUCUAACGGGGGGGGUGAAAAUGAACCCCCUGGUGGAUCCACCAAGGGGCCUCAAAGUGGAUCCACUGCUGAAUCCAAGGGGGGUAAAUAUGGAUCGACUAGUAAAUCCCAAGGGGGGGGUCAAGAUGGAUCGACUGGCAAUUCCAAGGGGGAGGUUCAAGAUCAUGGGUCAGCUGUCAAAUCCAAGGGUCGAGAUGGAGCGACUGCCAGUGGUGAAUUCAAAGGGCCCCGGGAACGGCGGGAAGGUCAAGAUGGACCGAUGGGUGAAUGCAAAGGCGGGGGUCAAGCUGGAUCGGCUUUUGAGUUCAAGGGUCGAGAUGGAGAGACUGAUGAAUCCAAGUGUGGGGGUCAAGAUGGAUCCACUGGUUAAGUCCACGGGGUGGGGUGGGCAAGACGAAUCGACUGGUAAUUCCAAUGGGGGGGUCCMAAAYGGAUUGGCUGUCRAAUCCAAGGGUUGAGAURGAGCGUCUGGUGAAUCCAAGGGUCUAGAUACUCUAUCCGUUCCCUAAGGCCAAAAACAGGACCGAGUUYGUGUGGUUGAAAGUCAAGUCGACGACUCGACGCUCGUUGAACCUGGUGCAAAUAACAAGUAGAGGACUUGAGACUUGUUCCGGAGGAGAAGGGAAGGAGUUGUAACCCAGGUCGGAAAAAGAGUAUAAAACUACUAUAUAAAUAAAGUAGGAAGAGUAGA